AUGGCCUACAUUAUUGCCGUCAAUGCUAUCAUUCUGUCACAAACUGGGGGCACCUGCCCCUGUGACCAGGAUGAUCGCCUCUCCUGCGACAGCUUUGACUCGUACAAGAAGUGCAAGGAGCGUACGUCAAACUCUCGGUUUGACUGGGUGGCAUACGCUUACCUACGACCCUCAGGAGUUCGUCUCGAUCUUAUCACCGCUACUGCUGCGAUCUCAGGCUUAUCAAGUUUCCUUUUCGGCUUUAUGACCAACCUUCCCGUCGCUCUGGCACCCGGAAUGGGCCUGAAUGCUUACUUUGCCUUCCAAGUCGUGGGACCCAAUGGUUCAGGCCGCAUCUCUUACGAGGUAGCGCUUACGGCAGUCUUCGUCGAAGGGCUUAUAUUCAUCGUUCUUGCCUUGACCGGCUUGCGUCAAUGGCUGGUCAAACUGAUCCCGGCGACUAUCAAGACCGCCACAGGCGUCGGCAUUGGCUUCUUUCUCACAGAGAUUGGUCUCUCGUAUGCUGCAGGUAUCGGUGCCAUAACUGGAGGCUUCAAGGCCACCCCUCUGGCCAUUGCUGGAUGUCCGAUAGAACAGAUUAACCCACUGACUCAGAUGUGCGACGGUGGCAUAAUGUCAAGCCCUAAGAUGUGGACGGCUGUAUUCGCUGGCGAUAUCACCUACUUCCCGUAUACCGAAGACGGCGAGGCACGCUUUGAGUUCUUCAAGCAGAUCGUCACAUUCCACCCUAUUGAGCACAUCCUCAAUGUGCUGAACUGGGACAUAUCGGCAGACAAGACACACUUUUCCGUCGCCCUUUUCACGUUCCUUUACGUUGACAUCAUCGACGCUACAGCCACUCUCUACUCAAUGGUUCGGUUCUGUGGUGUUGUCGACCCCACUGAUGGCGAUUUUCCUCGUUCGACAAUUGCCUACUGCUGCGACGCCAUUUGCAUCUCCAUCGGUGCGCUGUUCGGGUGCUCGCCUGUCACAGCUUUUAUUGAAAGCGGUGCCGGCAUUGCUGAGGGCGGCCGCACAGGACUUACAGCUAUGGUCACUGGACUUUGUUUCCUGGUGUCUAUAUUCUUUGCCCCUAUCUUUGCGUCGAUUCCCCCCUGGGCUACAGGCUGUACCCUUGUGCUUGUUGGCUGCAUGAUGAUUAGGCAAAUCAGUCAGAUCAACUGGCGAUACAUGGGAGACGUUCUUCCGUCUUUUGUCGUCAUGACCUUUAUUCCGUUUUCCUACAGUGUCGCGUAUGGUCUCAUAGCGGGCGUUUUCGUCUAUGCGGUACUCAACGGCCUCAUUGCACUGACCGUCUAUAUUAGCGGACGACGCCUGGAGCCUCGUGACUACGACUCGAAGGAGUAUUGGUCUUGGAAGGGUUAUGGUAUGGGUAAACCGCCCUGGUUCGUCCGGGCUGUCCGCAACAAAGGUUGCAUUGCAGGCUCUGACGACGCCCCCGAUGAGAUCGAUGAAGUCAGCAAACGGUCCACCAUACAAGAACACGAAAGUGCCUACGACGACAAUCGUGAGGGCGCGGCCUCCCCCCAUCGGGCUGUCACCCCUCGCUCAAUGCACUGA